AACUGGUUGCUCAUAACCGCACGUAGCCGGAGUCCUUAACCCACAGUGUCAGUGUUAAUGUUAGUUGCGUAACCACUCUCGUUUUUAAGUCGCGUUAGCCGCGAGUUCAAAUUUUGGACUUCAAACGCUUCAAGCCAUGUGGUCAUGCGCCGCCAAUAUCAAACCAUCGAAAUGUAUCGUAUAAUCGCAGCUUUAAUUUGUAUUUGCAACGUCGGAAACAUUGUCAGCGUGGAUCCUUUAGCCGAAGAAUAUGGAAAACUCGUGUUUUCAAGUCUACUUUACAGACAUGGUGAUCGGUCAAUUGAAAAUACUUAUCCAAUGGAUCCAUAUGCAAACAAAUCCUACUGGCCAAUGGGAUUUGGCCAACUCACUCUUACUGGAAUUGAAGAACACUAUGAAUUAGGAGUGUGGUUGAGAAAACGCUAUAGUGGGUGGUUACCGGAAGUUUAUUCUACUGAAGAUAUAUACAUACGUAGCAGUGACUAUGAUCGGACUAUAAUGAGUGCUGAAGCUAAUUUAGACGGUUUGUAUCCUCCUGUGGAGCCUAAAAAAUGGAAUCAAUUAAUUCCAAUACACACAGUACCAAAACUCCAGGAUAAUGUAUUGGCUAUGUCAGAAGCUUGUCCAUUGUAUUCACAAGAGUUAGAGAAAAUACAAAAUGAUGAAGACGUACAAUCAUUUUAUGCUCAGUUUAGUUCAGUUAUCAAGUACAUAUUUAACAACGCAGGGGCCACAAUGGAGGAAAAAUCGAAACCCAUUUAUUUUAUUACAACGGUGUUUCAGGCACUCACUAUCGAGUCAAAAUUCAAUUAUACAUUACCGGACUGGACUAAACGAAUAUUUCCUGAACCAUUGACAACAAUAGCUAUUAAAAAUUAUGAGUUAUCAACACAUAAUAAUAUUAUGAAAAGAUUAAAAUGCGGUCCUUUACUCAAGGAUAUUGUAACUCAUAUGAAUGAAAAGAAACAUGGUUCUCUGAAUCCUAACAGAAAGCUUUGGAUUUAUUCAGGUCAUGACACAACUAUAUAUAGUUUACUCAACACUAUGGGAAUAAAUAAUAAUUUACUUGUACCCUAUGCUGCUGUUUUGAUGAUUGAACUUCGGUUAAACAAUACAGGAAAUUAUGUUGUCACCGUUUCUUAUCGAAAUACAAGUAUUCACGACCCAUAUUUACUUCAAGUUCCAGGUUGUGAUUCAGUCGCUUGUGAUCUAGAUCAAUUGACGGAGGUUUUAAUACCAUUUAUACCAAAUGAUUGGGAUACUGAGUGCAAGAUUAAUGUUAAAAACAAUACUUCUGAAUUAUUGAUAUUUUUUCUUGGUGUUAUUUCAGCAAUUGUAAUAAUUUUAAUACUAUAUGCGAUCGCUAACAAAAGAAUAUUACAUUAUGGAAAACGUUCGUAUUACUAUACAUUUUAAUUAUUGGAAGUUUCUGGGUAUUGUAGUUUAAUCAUUUAUGUGUAUGAAUUAAGUAAUCACAGCCUAUAGGCCAUAUAUGAAACAACUCUAAUAUUGUAUUCAUAAUUCAUGAUUAUUAUUAAGAUGAUUUACUAAACUUGUGUAAUUGAUCAAAAAAAAAAAAAAAUAAAAAUAUCAACAAUAUUUUUCUGCCAUCGAAUGACGAGAAAAUGAUAAAAAUUGCAUUGAAGUUGUUCUUUUAUAACA